AUGGCUGCUCUUCCUAAAAGAAUUAUCAAAGAAACUGAACGUCUCGUGAGUGAUCCAGUCCCAGGAAUCACUGCUAUUCCAUCUGAAGAAAAUCUUCGAUAUUUUGAAGUCACAAUAGAUGGACCAAGUCAAUCACCAUAUGCUAAUGGUAUUUUCCAAUUAGAAUUAUAUUUACCUGAUGAUUAUCCAAUGUGUGCACCAAAAGUUCGUUUUUUAACCAAGAUUUAUCAUCCAAAUAUUGAUAAAUUAGGUAGAAUUUGUUUAGAUGUAUUAAAAGAUAACUGGUCGCCUGCCUUACAAAUUAGAACUAUAUUAUUGAGUAUUCAAGCAUUAUUGGGUGCUCCAAAUCCUGAUGAUCCUUUGGCUAAUGAUGUUGCUGAUGAUUGGAAGAAGGAUGAACAGAAGGCUAUUGAGGUUGCUAAACAAUGGACAGCUCAAUAUGCUAUAAAGAAAGAGUAG